GGUCAUAGGACAGCUUCGGCGCUCACCGGGGCUUCUCUGUUUUCAUAACAGAGUAUUUUCCAUUUCAAUACACGGAUAUUUAUUUAAAAUAGGUACUCAGCAAACCCAGGGGGACUAUAUCCAGGCGCUUCAGAGAAUGCUGGCUACAGGAGCAGCUGUAACCACAGCGCUGGCGCAAGUGGAUAGAGAGAAGAUCUACCAGUGGAUCAAUGAGCUGUCCAGUCCGGAGACCCGCGAGAAUGCCCUGCUGGAACUCAGCAAAAAGCGGGAGUCUGUUCCCGACCUGGCUCCAAUGCUCUGGCACUCCUGCGGAACGAUUGCAGCCCUCCUGCAGGAAAUUGUCAACAUCUAUCCCUCCAUUAACCCACCAACUCUGACCGCUCACCAGUCCAACAGAGUAUGCAACGCUUUAGCACUUCUCCAGUGUGUCGCCUCUCACCCGGAGACCAGGUCGGCUUUCCUAGCAGCACACAUCCCCCUGUUCCUCUACCCCUUCUUGCACACAGUCAGCAAAACGCGGCCUUUUGAGUACCUACGCCUGACAAGCCUGGGAGUCAUUGGGGCAUUGGUGAAAACAGAUGAGCAAGAGGUGAUCAAUUUCCUGCUAACGACAGAGAUCAUUCCCUUGUGCCUCCGAAUCAUGGAGUCGGGCAGCGAGCUCUCCAAAACGGUUGCUACUUUCAUAUUGCAGAAGAUCCUGUUGGAUGAUACAGGACUCGCCUACAUAUGCCAGACCUACGAGCGCUUCUCUCACGUGGCCAUGAUCCUGGGGAAAAUGGUUCUGCAGCUCUCCAAAGAGCCCUCUGCACGUCUGCUGAAGCAUGUAGUGCGCUGUUACCUUCGCCUCUCUGACAACGCCAGAGCCAGGGAGGCCCUGCGCCAGUGUCUGCCGGACCAGCUGAAGGACACCACGUUUGCCCAGGUACUGAAAGACGACACCACCACCAAGCGCUGGCUGGCUCAGCUGGUGAAGAACCUGCAAGAGGGUCAGGUCACAGACCCUCGGGGCAUCCCCCUGCCCCCCCAGUAAACUCUGCCAAACCCUGCCUCUGAUGAAACACACACACACACACACACACACACACACACACACACACACACACA